AUGGCUUACUCUGGAGCUUCAACAAUUGAGAUGCCGGCCCCGGGCCGCCCUCUGCGGCUGGGGAUGCUGUACGACUGCUGCAGCGACACGCUCAUACCAGGUAUCACUUUAUGGGGCAUUGAGGCCCUUAAGAAAGACGUGGAGACAAUGCCAAAGCACAAUACUGAAUUCCAGAUCAUUGCGUCCGACACCAUUGAAGAUAAAGCCUCAGCCCUCAGUCUGUCUGCAUCCCUGAAGGCCAGUCUCCUGGGGGGGAUGGUGGAAGUAGGUGGAUCUGCAGCAUUUUUAAAUGAUACAAAGAAAUCAAAAAAUCACGCUCGAGUUGCUCUCCACUACUCAGUGACAAACAGGUUUGAGCACCUGACUAUGAGCCAAUUGGGUACUGAGAACGUCUCUUAUCCUGCUGUAUUUGACCAAGGCACGGCCACCCAUGUGGUCACAGCUGUGCUGUACGGGGCUCAGGCUUUCUUUGUGUUUGAUCGGGAAGUUUCUUCAUCAGAGAGUAUGAGAGAGAUAGAGGGGAAAAUGAAACUGAUGAUAGAAAAGAUCCCAAUGGUUUCUGGAGGAGCAGAGGUGUCUGGGAAAAAGAGGAACAGGGCAGAAGAAAGAACUGAAAAUUUUAGUUGCAAAUUUUAUGGCGAUUUUGCUCUGGAGAACAAUCCGGUUACUUACCAAGAUGCCAUGGGAGUUUACUCCACUCUCCCGAAGCGGUUUGGCGUCUCUGGUGAAAACGCUGUACCGGUGCGAGUCUGGCUGUACCCACUGAGCAAGCUGGACUCCAGAGCCGCUCAGCUAGUGUGCGAGAUCAGCGCGGUGCUGGUUUAUGAUGCUCAAAGUGCCAUGGAGCACCUGACUGAGUGCGACGUCCGGUGCAACGACAUGGUGAAGGACAGAACGGCUACAACCUUCCCCGAGAUCCAGAGGAAAAUCCAGCAAUUCAGAGAUCUGUGUAAACAGCACAGACAAACCUUCCAAAAAGAGCUAGCUACAACCUUGCCCUCUAUCCGUGGAGGCAGAACAGAGGAAGGGGCCCUGGUGGAGAUUUUAACCAACAAGGAGCAAUCG